CAUCAAUAACCCGUCAAAGUUUGCACGAGUCGCGUUGUCAUUCGCUUUUCUUCGAUCGGACGGUUGGACGGUUUCGCGAAAUUUGCAUUCAGAAAGCCAAAAAUUUAAAAAAAAAAUGUAAGUUUCGAAUCGUCGCCCCUUUUAUCAAGCAUUCACACUCGAGAAAACCACAAUAGGUCAAUUAGAAAGUUUUCAAUCUUGGCGAGCUCCAAAGCAUUGUGAGUUCUGUCGAAACAAAUUGCACAAUUAGGGGAAAGUGUUAAAAAGUGACUGUUUCUAGUUUUUAAUAGUUUUUUCUCCACCUGAAAGAAAAGUUUAACAAAUCAGCAAACAAAAGCAGCAACUCGGUACAAAGUUUCUGCCCAGUUAGUUUUAUUGUGUGCAUUUUGUGAGAAAAGUUCGGCCAACGGAAACAGGGUGCACCCACCUAAAACAAGCCAAACGGAAGUGGCCCGAAUCCGAACGUCAUGUAUCAACAGCAACAGUAAGGAGACUGCUCUCCCUCGAGAUAGAGAGAGUGCCGGAAGUGAGGAAAACACAAACUUACAACAGAACGGCGAAGCGAAUAAAUAAAAGCAUCCAGCAACCCACUCUCAGGCGGUCCUGGUUUCCGGGUUUCGGUUUCAGAAGGGAAGUGGCUACCGGGCAAAAAAAAACCAACGAAAAGUCAAGAAUGAUGCUUCAUUUUAUUCUGCUCAGCUGUGCCGCACUGCUGCCGGGCAUUUCCGGCAAUUUUCCGGGAUCGUGGGAUAAUCCGCCAUUCUCUUCAGAAAUGGAAGGAGAGGUUAUCAUCGGAGAUGUGAAUGAGGCUGCAAGUGAGCAACAAAUCCACAUGUGGGAAGAAAUCGAGCCGCUACCUUACGCAGCUCUUAAGAUGAAUUUCAAGGGAACAGAAACGAUCAAAAUUAUCGAGGGUGAUCCCUAUGAAGAUUUUAGUGUAACAAAAGUAAACGGCGAAUGGUAUUUCAACGUGGAGCACCGACGGGAUUACGAAGUAAUGAGUCACCAAUCUUCGCUGGUGAUAUUGAGUGUUGAAGAUGAAGACCAGAAGGUUCUGGGAAAAUUUCAAAUCUUUGUCAAUCUGGUCAAUAUUUUGGACAACGGGCCAAUUUUUACCGGAGGGCAGGAGUCCUGUGCAGUGAACGAAAAAGAGAAGGACUUCACAACUGAGUGUUUUUAUAAUGUACUACACCCAGAUGCUUUUAUAGAGAAUAACAUUAAAAACGAAUUUACGAACAAGCUGACCAUUGAAAUUCCAGAUGAAUUUCGAGAACAUUUUGAGCUCGAAGAAGCCGCCGUUGACCCUGAAGACAAAGACAGGAAUUAUAACAGAAAGUAUUUCUUAAAGGUUUUGAAGGAGCUUGAUUACUCCCAAAAGGCAAUAUACAACAUGGAGACGACGGUUUUCGAUCUGGACAAAGAGCACAGUGCCACCUUAAAAAUUCUGAUCCAGGUGCUCAACGUCGAAAGUCGUAAUCCAAUCUUCACCCGACCCUUCACCACCCAACGUAUUUUAGAGAAAACCACAUUCCAGGAGCAGGUAACGGCCAUUGAUGGAGACACCGGUCUGAAUCGACCUAUCUGCUACGACCUGAAGACGACGGAAGAUGAUCAUGCCCGUUACUUCAGCAUUGAUGAAACCACCGGAGUUUUGAAAGUUGAACCCAUCGACCGGGACGCGGAACAGAAUGAAUUUUAUCAAUUUUCCAUCACGGCCUUCAAGUGUCACAAUCGAACCUUUAACACGAUAAACGAGGCGGCAAUUAUUUUGGAAGACCAAAACGACCAUUGGCCGGAAUUCGAAGUGAAACCGGUGGUACUGAGAUUCUGGGAAAACACGCUGCAAACGUUGGAUUUCGAACGCUUCGAGGUUAACGAUCCCGAUUUGGGAAUCCAUGCUACUUACACUCUAGUGCUGAACGAAAAGGUCAAUGACGAACAGCAACAGACGAAUUCCUUCAGCAUCAUCCCACAGAACGGCUAUCAGAGAACGGCCUUCACCGUAACGAUAGUGGACGCAACCCUGCUGGAUUUUGAGCUACCGGAACGGCAAAAGUUUCAACUGGUUGCUACGGCUACCGAAGUAUCCGAAAAUACCCACCAAAACUCCCAAAUUGUUGAGAUCGAACUCAUGAAUUGGAACGACGAGGUGCCCAAGUUCGAUCAGGAAGAAUACAAACUCAGCAUCCCGGAAACGACCGGUGCAGAUGUUUCACUGCUUAGGGUUCGUGUCAGCGAUCGGGAUAUUGGCGAUGAGGUCGUUUUAACUAUAUUGGGCCGGAUCCGUUCGGAACUGCUGAUCACCAAACAAGCCACUGAGAACUCGCCCGUUCUUGGUUCGGUGUAUGUUUUCGAAAUCAGCACAAUUAACGAUAACAUUUUCGACUGGGAUGUUUCACAGGAGGUCAUUAUUCAGCUGCAGGCUCAAGAUUCUUUAACGACAUCGAAGAACGAACCAGUUCACACAGUUAAUUCACAGGUAAUCAUCAGCGUUCAGGACGUCAACAAUAAAGCUCCCACCAUUGUACUGCCGAGAGGAAAAAUUCAUAUUGAAGAGAACUCGCCUCCCGGAAUGGCAGUAUCGAAUGGAGAUGAGGAUGCCAUAAUAAUUGGAACUGAUCCAGAUUCCGAGGCGGAACUGAAGUUUUCCAUCGACUGGGACCGAAGUUAUGCAACUAAGGAAGGGGUCGAAGUCAACCCAAGUACCUUACAAGACUGUCUUUUAAUAGAAAUAGUUGAUGCUUCCGAUCGAAACCGAGUGAGGGCCAAAAUGAUCGUCAAUCCGGUUAUGGAUCAAGCUACGAUCAACGAAAAACUCGACUAUGAAACGUUCCAAACGCUGUUUCUGACGCUGAAACUCGAGGAUACGAACCAAACGAUCCUGCCCAACACCGAUGAGGUCACAUUUGUCAUCCAGCUGGAUGAUGUCAACGACAACCCGCCGGAGUUCGUCGGGAACACGCUGGAAGUGCCUAGGUUUGUUCUGGAGGAAGCCGAUGCCAACACCAUCGUUGGUACAAUCCUUGCAGUGGAUAAAGAUGGGCCGCCUCACAACAUCAUUCAAUACUCUAUACGGGCAGAAAACCCAUUGCAAGAGGGUUACUUGAACAUCGAUGAUACCGGAGUACUGACCGUUGCAAUGGACAAAGGCAUCGGCUGUGACAUACCACCAGAGGACUUCAUUAACAUCGAAGUCACAAUAACAGAUUCAUUGUUUUAUGAAAGUGCCUCGAUCAAGAUCUCGAUAACCGAUACCAACAACAAGAUUCCGAAUUUUCUGGAUGAAUCAAAUCCCCCAUUAGAAAUUUUCGAAAAGUCAGACGCUGGCACCGAAAUUGUAAAACUCAUGGUGCAAGAUGACGACCGGGAUGAGGACUACUACACCGUGUCGUUCGAGAUUAUUUUGAAGAGCGAUGCGUCACUGCAGAAUUUCUUCGAGGUGGUUCGAUUGAGCGAAGAACGAGACGACAAACGAAAGCAAACAGCGCUGGUGCGUGUACGGGAAAACAACCAGCUGCUGGAUCGAGACUACGGAACCGCCUCGUUCAACAUUCCGAUUAACGCCGUCGACAACCCCAGUGGAUUGCGUUCGGAUCGCAGAAACUCAAUAGAAAAGGCCCUGCGGCUGGUCCUGCUGGACAUCAACGAUCAAACGCCUCAACUGCCAGCCCUAACGCUGCGAGACAUCAAUGAAGACUUGAAAAAGGAUGCAGUCUUGGUGGAAAAAUUCGAAGCCACCGAUGCGGAUGACAAAAAUACACCGAAUGCCAAGAUUAACUACCGAAUAAUUGAUAUAGAACCUGUCAGCGGCAGUACUCCUGAGGCAAUCGCCAACGAGGAUGUCAUCGAGCAGCUGUUCGUCCUGGAACAAACGGACGACUUCCUGGCCCGGCUUAAAAUUGGUCACGACUUGAAAGGAUUUUAUGGCAACUGGGCCGUUAAGAUUCAGGCAUGCGACCGAGGUGAUGAGUACCAACUGAAGCCGGGCAGUAAAAAACUGUGCGAAGACCGGGUAUACGAUAUCGAAAUUGAACCGUACAACUAUAUGGCGCCGGUCAUCGACUAUCCGGAACGGGAUAAGCGCAUACGACUGCGACUGGAGCCCCUGAUUGCCGGCCGGCCCCUGUUCGACACCGAGGGCAACCAGAUUCCCAACUUCCGGGCCACCGACACCGACGGUGGCCAAUACGGCGAGGUCAGCUGGACCCUGGAAAGCCAGGAAGCAUCCGGUACGGAUCAUCUGCUGUUCGAUCUGAUACCGGCCGGGAAGAACGAGAUGAUUCUGGUUCUUCUGAAGGUAGACGUUGUCGCCGGCAAGCAAUAUAGGAUCAGGGUCAAGGCCCAGGAUGGUGGCGGCAGGGAAGCGAUCUCGGUGGACGUUCCAAUCAUCUUCAUCGACAAGAACGGGCAACCGAUGUUCGAGGUGGGGAGCUGGAAUACGGACUUUACAGAAAACGUUAAUGGCACAACGGAAACUCGGGAAAUACCUGAGGCUAAAGAUCCAAGCGUUGAAGAUGACCAGGAUUCAAACCAAAUCUUCUAUUUUAUUGACACAUCAUUCGAGGAUCACCAACUUUUCAAGCUAGAAGAGAAGACCCGUAUUCUUAGGGUAGCAGAGCCUUUGGAUCGAGAAGAAGUAGCACACCAUACAAUUCGCAUAAUAGCGACGUUUAACGAACAGAAACCUCCAGAAACUCCUGACGAUAAUUCGAUGCUGGUGGUCAAUAUCAAGGUCAACGACGUUAACGACAAUCCUCCACGUUUCAUUGUGAGGAGCUAUGCAGCUGGAAUUACCAUUACCGAUAGGAAUCGGAAUCUGUUUACGGUAGUGGCUGAAGAUCCCGAUGAAAUCGACUCGAUCCGUUAUUCUAUUCAGGAGGGUUCCCUGCAAGGUCACGGAAACAACCUUGUCACCUCGCCGAUGCCCUUUGAACUCGAUCCCGUAACCGGAGUUCUACAGUUGGUCGGAGAAGUGACACGGGACAUGAGCGGAUUCUAUACCUUUACUAUCGUUGCGGAAGAUGAGGUGCUUCACAACGACAAGGUAACUGCCACAGUUUAUAUCAUCGCGGAAAUUAAUCGAGUAAAAUUCGUUUUCUUGAACGAACGAACCUUCAUCGACACCCCGGAAAUAAGAAAUACAAUCAGAGAAAUAUUCACCGAAGCUUACGAGCUCGAGUGCAACAUUGAUGACGUUGGUCAAGGAACUAUUGAAAAAUCUUCUCGACAAGAUGCCGACGGAAUCACUGAUGUACGAGCCCAUUUCAUUCGAGACAAUAUAGCCGUGGAAGCACUCGAAAUUCAACAACGCUCUAACGAUCGGCUAUUCGUGACCAACCUCAAACGUGCCCUUCUAGAGAAAAAUCUGAACCUUCAAGAUGUGCCCAUCAGCAGUAUAGAUGAGAUAGCCCAGAAAAAUGAACUGCUUGAAAUCGUACUGAUUGUGGUGGCCUCUGCGUUGGCGAUCGUUUGCGUCAUCCUGCUAGUGGCGUUCUGCAUCAAAAUUCGCAGCCUAAACCGACAGCUUCGGGCCCUUUCUGCGAACGACUUCGGCUCAAUAGCGUCGGAUCUGCAAAAGCCGGGCCGCAAAGUCCCGACGACCAACGUUUUCUCCGUUGAAGGUUCCAAUCCGGUGCUGAACGAUCAGGAUUUCAUUAAGGGUGCCUACGAUGACGUUAGUGUUCAGUCGUACGAAUCGGACUUCAUCGGAAUAGAUAACGAUCUAUUCGCCAACAAUAGAAAAGACAGCAUCAAUCCGGCACUGGUAGAUCACAUCCGGCAGCGGGUGCUUAACCCCUUGGCAAAUGGGUCAAAGCCGAAUCCUAGCGCACCUCAAUCCGACGAGAAAUCAGGAAUCGAACCCAGGAUUUAUCUGACGCGAGAUGAGGGAGAGUCCGGGACCGACGUUAACCGGGACGAGCUGGCCCAUCGAUUUUAGACAGUUUUGGGUUACCAACACUUAGUUAAACCAUCUUAUCUCGCUUCUCUUUACUCGAUCUUGAAAUUUCUUGAAAGUUUUAAUUCGGAAUUCAUCAGAUAAGAAAUCAUUAGCAGCGAUUUUUAAUCGUACAGCCACUAAGCGUUUUUUCCUAUUUGAAGAGGGAUUCUAGAAACUUAAAGUACAAUUUACUGUUUCUUCAACUUUGUAUGUAAAUACCGUCAUUAACUAUCGCAUUUCAUGAUAUGUGAAUGUACUUUAUUAAAACUAAUUGAAAACAUAUGUAUCGAACUUUGUGAUGCUGUUGCAGAUUAUUAAAAUAGAUUUUUUAUUUAUUGAAA